AGAAAGGCAUAGGAUUUGGAAGUUUGCUUGAAAUAUGCACUUUAUUCAAGUACGCCCUGCGACUUGAAAUCCUUCCCUAGUAUCAAUGGGUAACUACGCACUUUUCACUUUACUUCUAUUUGCUACAAAUCAGGUGGUGCAGCUAGAUCCAGCUUGGCAAGAUCCUAAACAGACCGCUUAUCGUAAGCUUCGCAGUGAUGCAGAGGGUAUCUCUCUACCACUCGUAACUGGUCCAAAGGGAUAUCUGCACAAAAUCACUCUGGGAAGUCAUAGGAAGACGUUCAACGUAAUGGUUUCCUUACGCAGUUCUCUUCUGUGGAUUCCGAAUGUUAAUUGCAAGGGCUCUUGCGAGAAUAAAAACAAGUUCAACUCAUCAGCGUCAAAAACAUUUGUGCCAGACGGCAGAGAAUGGACCUUGAAGGGUUAUGGUGGAGCAAUUAAUGGUGUACUAGGGAUGGAUACUAUCAAGGAUAGCAAUGGCAAGUUAGCUAUGUCAAACGGGACUUUCGGAAUGGCUACAAACGUAUCUGCAGAAGUCGAUUUGCCUGGAGCAGAUGGAGUACUAGGUCUUGCUUAUAAAGCUGACUCAGGAACGGGAAUACCUUUCAUCAUGCAGCUUAUCAAUGGCAAAGUGCUGGACUCGAACAUGUUCACGAUACACUUGAAGCAGCAUUCACAAAAUGGGGAGGAUGCUGGUUCUGUGAUUUAUGGAGCGGAGGAUUCCACUAACUGUAUGACAAACAUCACAUAUCAACGAUUCUCACCAAUGACCACCUAUCAAAUUCAGGUCAAAUCCAUUACAAUGGGAAUGUUUAGCUACACUCAACAAUUUUUUAUGAUUCCUGAUACAACACCACUCAUAAGUGUUCCAAAGCCAGUUGCUGAUCAAAUCGCCAAUAGUGUUGGAGCAAAGUACAUUGACGGAUCUUAUGAAAUCCCAUGCUACAAGACAAUUCCAAGUCUCCAGUUCAACACAGAAAAAGCUAAGUAUUCCAUAAGUCCGGAAGUGCUUGUUGUGAAGAUGGGAAACAAAUGCAUACUUGCACUGUCCUCCUCUUCCGAUGCAAAGUGGUAUUUUGGUGCUCCUCUCUUCAAACAAUACUGCGUCACUUUCAAUUUAAAGAAAAGCAAUCUUGGAUUGGCUAGCAUAAAAUCCGGCAAUUUUACAACAAGCAGCACUCGUCGAAGCUUCAACUCCACAACACCACGCAACAUCACUCACAUCGCUUCUUCCUCUACGCGAAGAUUCGUCAACUCUACAACACCACGCAACAUUACUGUGAUUCCUUUCUCGUCUACUAGGGUAUCAAACACCACUUCCUUGCCAGUGAUCUCAACAACGAAGAGUGUAGCACUGGUACUUCACUCUUAUGGCGUCUUUACUCUCAUAUGCUCCCUAGUCAAUUUGUGA